AUGUUGUUUUUGUCGAUACUUUUUCGGUUCAUGCGGACUGUGUCUUUUUUUUUCUUUUAUUUCUAUUUCCCUCUCCGUGCACUCAGUGCAUUCAUGUCGGGACCACUCCUGACCCUGGCAUGGGUCGACAACCACCUCAAGCGACGUGGUCUGCCAAGUAAAUAUGCAUCGGAGUCAAGGGCGUGCACGGGAGCGAUCUCAGAGGCACACUUCGACGGACCGCAUGUGGCACCAUCAUCAUCGACGGAUUCUGUGCCCCCGGUGGAGGAGUUACUUGCCGCGGUUGGUCACCGUCAGAUGCCCGGUGGCAAGCGCGAAUCGGUUCAAUCAAUUGGGGACGGAUUACAGAACACAGGGGUAGACGACAGCAGGGACGCCAAGAGUGGUGACUCCCUUAUUCAAUCUCAGCGGUCAACUCCGCAACGCGUGGCUUCGGGUGUGGCAUCGUUUGUGGAGCAACAGGCUGGACGCACGGGCACCUUAAAUGGCCCCACGCAGGCAUGCCUUGUUUUGCACACAGUUCUUACGGCGUGUGUGCGACAUGCACUUCGUUACAGUCGAAUUGAUCAGCCUUAUGACGCUGCUUCUUCUGUUUUUUUUCCAUCUUCUCCCUCCGCCGCGACGACGGACGUUACCUCAGGCGCUUUGGGCGAUGCUACUUUGGAACACGGGGCAACACUUGAGGAGGUCGCAGCCUCCUCUCAGAUCAGAUUUCCCUGGUCGGCACGUGUGGCGUCGGAACACUUGCUGGAGGUCAUACAAGAUGCCGCCAUACAGAGGGGAUUACGCUCCUUUCUCUGGAAGGUUGUGGACAAGGAACACAAAUGCAUCAUGCGGAACGCCGCGGCUCUGUGCUUGAACGAAGCCGCUCUGUUGGCUGAUAUUGGUGUGGAGGAGGCGGAGGUGCGGAGGCUAUUUAGCAUUCCAUCGGAUGUUUUGAGCUCAGCACGGGAGGCUCUUGCCUUUUCUUCUUCCGCUGCGACUUCCUCGGUGCGCAUGUCAUGGUUAAACCAACAGCCACUGUCAUUUUUGGGUGAACAUCAUUUUGUCUACACGACGUCGUCUCCGCGUCUCGCAGCGUUGCUAAAGGAGGGGACGUCUGAAUUGAAGCCAAUAGAGCUGGAGAGAACCAAUGCGAGGGUGAGAGUAGGCGCUGGUGUUUCGUCGCCUGACGGGUUUGCACGGCAGUUAAAUUUGCUUUUUUUGGAAAUGACGCGCGUACGAAUGGCGUUGGUGUUAAUUCUGCAGUUUGAGAUUCUCAUGCGACGUUACGCGGCGUUUGGCAAACAACAGCCCGGUGGUGUGACGACAGCGUUCCUACCCUCGUCAUCACCAUCGUCGCUGGCGCAUGAAUUGUGUGCGUUGGCCAUAGCUGCUGGGUCUCGUGCACUGGAGACGAGUCAGCAUCGCAAGCGAUUUGUCACCCAGUUUCGUGUAUUGGCCCGUAAGCCAGAGCAAAGGCAGCAUACUAAUUCAAAUCUCGAUGACGCACCGCAUUGCAGCCUCAAGUCCGUCUUUGCCGCACUCUCUCAGGCGGCUAAAGCCAACGCGGCGACGGAGAGGGCGGCAGUCGAUGGAGUCAGUGCUUCGUCUGUUCCUCUUUCUACCGCGGCCUCAAGUUUGUCGGCACCGGCCACAGGGUCGGAGGAUCCGCUGGAACACGAUCCAGUGUUGCAUGCGGUGAUGUCAUGGAAGCCAUUAAAGCUGGAAAAGGCAACGGACCGCAACGGCGCUACGCAUGCAUGCGAAUCGUUGAAGGCAUCUUCAGCCGAAGGAUCAACCGAUCCGCCUGUUCGGAAGAAGAAGAAGAAGCAAAAGCAGGCGCGUGCAGGAGCAGAGCCAUUGCCUGAGGAACAGGAAAAUCAGGCAGGGUUAACGUGGCACUUCCGUUGUUGUGGAGGGGAAUUGGGGGCGGAAUUCAACGCCGUUGACGCAUUGCCAUGUGGUGAGACGGAUGCGAAGGUGCAGCUGCUGCGCCCCUCGAUACGUGUUCCAUGGCCCUUCGUCCUGGAGGUGGUUGCGGCCGGCAAGAACAAGAAGAAGGACGCCAUGACAAUUUCCCCUUCAAGAUUGGGCGCUUUGGAGAAGUUUACUCGACCCCUGCCGAGUGCGGCGAUGAGGAUGCGUUACAAUCCCGCGUGGAUGACGGGUGAUGAAAAGAUCACCCCGCUUGACGCGCGGCACACCACGCAACUACAGCGUCUGCUCAGACUUCGCAGUGACCGCCUGCUGAUGAUAAACGGAUGCCCUGCGGAGAAACUGAAGUCGGUGAUGCGCAUUGCAGAACGGAGUGUGCGCCUGGUGGUGCGAUUUCGGUAA